UUUUCUUUCAUUCUUGAAUUUUUCUAUUACUUAAUGCUUUAAUAAUCAAAUUUCAUCAUAUUAUAAUCUCAUUAAGUAAUGGAUCGAAUUCAAUGCAAUACUAUAUUAUUUCUUUUAAUAAUUCAAUUAUUAUUAUUAUACGUCAAUUUGUCACAAUCAAAGGAUAAUAAUAAUUUUCCAAAUUAUGCCAUUCGGGUUAAUAAACGUGACGCACAGUCGGGAACUCCUAAUAUAAAUAAUACUGUUGCAAAAGAGCCAUUAAAGUGUAAUGGUGAUGCAGCUAUUUGCGAUCUAAGAUAUGAUCAAGUGACUUAUCCCGGAACUCAUAAUAGUGCAUCAUACAAUUUAGAAUUCGAUUGCAAUCUAACAGUAAGAAAUUGUUUAGAUUCAGUAAGUGUAUGUAGUAAACAAUACGCACAAUGUUUAAUGACAUAUGGGAUGCAAUGCGAUGCACAAACUUCAGCGUGUAAACAACGGAAUCCACAAUGGUUACAUUGGUUGUGUGAAGGAUUCAAUAAGACAUGUAGGUCUAGUAAUGCUUUGUGUACAGCAUGGAAUGCUGUUUGUACCAACAGUGAUAGAGUUUGUAAUGUUUGGGGUAAUGCGUGUGAAAUUGACGUGCCUGAUUGGAUUAUAACUUGUUUUUGGGAAAACAAUCCUGGUUAUCCUGUUUUAAGACAACUUCAGGAUGGGAUUAGAUUGUUUGAUUUUGAUACAUGUCUUUUAAAUAAUGAACAUGGAGUUUUUUGCCAUGGUCAAAAUCCGGCGAGAGCAUUGGGAGAAGAAUUAGAUACAGUAUUUCAAGUAAUUUUGGAUUUCAUGAAUUCCAACCCCAACGAGGUUAUAACAAUUGAAUUUGGUGAUACGGAUGGAGACCCACAAAUACUUAGUAAUUAUAUACAAUCAAAACUAGCACAAUAUUUUGUAAAUCAAACAACAGGGCAUUCAAUGAUGUAUUCAAUGUCAGAUCCUAAUAAGCCAUGGAUAACAUUACGUGAGAUGAUAAAUAAUAAUACUCGUAUAGUUGUUUUCUUCGGUAGAAUUUAUAAUAAUGUACAGAAUAGACAACCAUGGAUACAUUAUACAUAUGAAUGGUUUACUGAAUCGUACAGAUAUACUUCUAAUGAUAUGACUCCUGAACAACUUACCAAUAGUUUUAAUGGUUAUUGUGCUACUUCUGAUGCCGUUAUUAGAAAUGACACACAAUUGUAUGGUAAAGUGAGAUGGCAGACAAUUGAUGAUACUGUAGGAAUAUUACCCACUAAUAUAGAAGAAGCAAUAAAGAUGGGAAAAAGUCCAGGUCCAGUAUGCAUAAAAGAUUUAGCAUUAGGAAUUAAUUUUGAUGUACUAAAAAAUAUUGAAGCAUUUUGUUAUCCUAGAUUUCCCUAUUAUUUUAGAGUAAGAGUUGAUCAUUAUUGGCAAAGUAGCUUAUUUGAAGUUGUUAGAAAAAUGAAUCGACAAAAUGUUAUAAAGUUCUUAGGUAAUGCUACUAGCACUAAUAGCGCAAAUCCAACUUGAUAAUUUUUUGAAGAAAAGGUGGAGGGGAAGAAUCGAGAUGUGCGUGUGAUGAUCAAGUUAAAUGAUUUGAAUUAUUUUGAAUUAGUUCUUUUUUUUCCUUUUUUUUUUAAAAAAAAAAAAAUGGUUGGUUUUUUUUG